UUCCGGUACCCCUGUCCUCUCGCUCCCUCCCGAUGCUAGCGCCGUCGGGCUUGGCUGUGGGAGCGUAAUGGCGGUGCACCGGGGACCCUCUACGAAAUGGCUCUUCACCCGGGAACAGCUGGAAAACACGCCGUCGCGACGCUGCGGAAUAGAGGCUGACAGGGAGCUGUCGUAUCGACAGCAGGCCGCCAACUUGAUCCAAGAUAUAGGCCAGAGACUCAACGUCUCCCAACUGAUUAUUAACACCGCUAUAGUAUAUAUGCACAGAUUUUAUAUGAUUCACUCUUUUACCAAGUUCCAUAGAAAUAUUAUUUCUCAGACCACGUUGUUCCUGGCAGCCAAAGUUGAAGAGCAGCCCAGGAAGCUGGAGCAUGUCAUUAAAAUAGCCCAUGCCUGCAUUAACCCACAGGAGCCUGCCCUAGACACUAAGAGCAAUGCAUUCCAGCAGCAGGCACAAGAGCUUGUAGCACUGGAAACAAUAGUGCUACAAACACUGGGUUUUGAAAUAACAGUUGAUCACCCACACACAGAUGUCGUGAGGUGUUCCCAGCUAGUGAGAGCAAGCAAGGAUUUGGCACAGACUUCCUAUUUCAUGGCUACCAACAGUUUACACCUCACCACAUUCUGCCUGCAGUAUAGGCCCACAGUUGUUGCAUGUGUCUGCAUCCACCUGGCCUGUAAAUGGUCCAACUGGGAAAUCCCAGUGUCUACAGAUGACAAACACUGGUGGGAAUAUGUGGAUCGCACCGUAACAUUACAGCUGCUGGAUGAACUCACACAUGAGUUUCUUCAGAUUCUGGAGAAGACGCCCAGCAGGCUGAAGAGAAUUCGAAACUGGAGGGCUAUUCAAGCAGCUAAAAAGCCAAAGACGGAUGGCCAGACAGUGGACAGUGCCUUCCAGGGGACGUCUUUAGAAAGCCUUCCAGGUGUCACCAAUUCCUUCUUCCCUUCCACCUCAGCAUCAGACUCUACAGACAUGCCCUCCCUGAACAGCAUCGGAUACGCUUCCUACCAGCCGCUCAACGACCAGUCAAAGAGUUGCGACUAUGACCAGUUCUCCCAGCCUCCUCAUUCAGACUUCACACUUAUCAAACACGAACAGAAAGCUGCAGGCGGGUGUAGCAGUAAACACCAGCAGCUUGGUGUGAACGCCGCAGCCUUUUCACGGCCACAGAAAGUCUUGACUUUGGAAAAGUACAGAGAGAAGCACGCUGCUGAGCUGGCCUUGCAGAACGGUAUAACCGAGGAGCCGGGCACAGACAUGUACGCUCCUGCUUCAGCUCUCCCCUCUCACCACCACAAGAAACGCUCACAGCCACAGCAGGCCGGCCAGUCGGGCGACAGCCGCAGGGAUAAAUUGAGCUCUAAAAAGGCUCGGCUGCCUCCUUCCUUCGCAGAGAACGGCUCGGCCUCCAGCGAGGAGCUCAAGAUGAGAAUCAAGGUUUCCUCAGAGCGCCACGGGGGUUCGGAGCACGGUGGGACUGUGUCUGGAAAAGACAAGCACAAAGAGCACAGCAACCACCGUCACUCAAAACACAGUCACUCUCACUCAUAUGCCCUCGGUGGGAACAGAGGGACAAUAGACACCUCACUAACUGUACGGGCCCCUGGCGGUCACUGCAACGACGGGAGCUCCUCUGGCUUGUCCCGUAAGAGGCCUCACUCUGACGCCAGUGGCCACAACCACCACCACCACUCGUCUAAAAGCAGCAGGAGCUCCAAAGGAGGCCUCACUUUGUCCCACUACUCGUCAGAGGGCGGCCAGAGGAUGAUGGAGCACCACGGUCACGACGGAACCAACGGCAUGCUCACCGCCAACGGCCAACACACUGACUACAAAAACACUUUCGACAUGCUGGACUCUUUACUAAGUGCCCAAGGAAUGAAUUUGUAACCCUUGACGACCAUCCCCAGUGUUGUCUAGAAUAAGGUAUUACCAUGUUUAAUAGAAUUUUAAAAAUGAAUUUAUUUGUCUUAAGUUAUCUGAAUUCUACAUCGCCCUCAGUUGUGUCUACACGCUGAUGAUUCUUGUUACGCUGUCAGAAAUGUAAAAUUAUAUGCGCAGAGCCGUGUACUUUUAGCUUGCAACAAAACAUUAGAAGUUAUGAGAAUGUGACUGAAAAAAAUGGGAUUUUAAAAGUUCUUUUUAAUGCGAACUUACAUUUAUGGUUUUAAUUGUGCAUGUUUUCAGUCACAGAAGGGAAGACUGCUAGCGUGCGCAGCCAUCAUGACAGUUUACAGACAGUCAAUGUUUUUCUUUUGUUGUAUGUUAAAGACAUUAUGUUCAACUAAAAAUCUCAGGUCUUGAACUUUUUUAAUAUAAGAUAAGAACAAAUCUUCCUCUGUUUGGUUUUAUUACCUGUAGUUGUGGAGAUGUAUCGCCUCGUCUAUUUGCUGACGAAGAGGGCAGAACUUUGGUGUCUGUCUUAGGAAACCGGGCCCGCUUGUUAUUCAGAGCGGAUCAAUGGUUCCAAAAAAACAAUACAAAGGGGAGUCGGGCUCCGUAUGUGGUCUGUUGGGACUUCCAAAGCCACUUCUGAACUUAAUGUGCAAACUCAUUAUAGAGCUACAAAAUGAAGUUUACGUUACAUCUGCUGUGAAAGUGCAUUUAAGAUAUAUCGGCUAAAAUUGCAACAAGGCCUUGUGAUUGUACCUUGUCAAUCGCUAUUCAGUAUAAAUGUUAUUAACUAUCAGAAAAUACAGAUCUCUAAAAUGAAAUUGUGUAAAUAGGACUGUAGUUCAGGUUUAGAACUGUUGAUUUAAUGCAUCAGUCCGAACUUUCCUCCAUUCAGAUUCUGUGUUGAUGAACAUAUCCACAAUUUGUGUAUUGGGAGCCCAAAUAAAGGUGUAAAGGUGAUUUUACACAUCAGAA